UAGAGAGUCUUGGAUCCUUUAGAACCAAGGAAUGGAACUAACAUUUGACACAUCUAUCAACUGGAAGGUUUCAUGAGUUUGCUCCUUCGCCAAGAUCUCUCACCGUGUAAUUGUAGCUCAGAAAUUAUUUUUCUUUUGGUGAUGAUCGUGCUGGGCUGGAUGCUUUUUGUUGGGCUCGCUUUCUGCAUAGGUACAUUUCCAGAGGCGAUGCCUCCAACUCUAAAGUGGAAAGAGAGGUUGCCUGUUUGGGAGAACAAGGCACGACAAAGGAGCCAAGCCUUGGAGGAGGAGCUGCUGCUGUGAGUGAGUGGAACGAUGUGGAAGGGAUAUAAAUAUCCCCCAGGAGGGACCCCUUUGGAAGUAAGCAAAGAUGACCCUGGUGAAGUCAUGCAGCUAUGAAGAUCACCCAACUGCACAGUUCCUGUUGUAGGAUUCACAUAAAGUAAUCGCACAUUAUUUUGUCA